AUGUGUUCGACUCAAAAUAAAGAUAACUUAAUGCGUGAAACUAUUCAAUCUAAUGCAAAUGAUAAAAUUCGAUUACUUGACGAUUUAAUUGAUCAAACCGCAAACUUAGAUCAAUUAAUUGAAUAUCAUAAAAAACGAUAUUUAAUAUAUUAUGAAGUACAUCGAUAUAAGGAUGCUUUACAUGACAUUGAAACUUUAGAUCAAUACGGCUACAUAGAUGAAACAUUAUUAAUGAUAAAAUGAAAUCAAUUUAUUAUAGCAACCAUCGAAAUCGAUUAA